AUGCAGAUGCUCUCCCGCGCCGCCGCUCGUACCACCACUUCGCUGGUCUCCCGACGAGGCUUCCAUGCCACCCGGGCUCGCCUGUCUUCUCCCUACCACUACCCCGAGGGACCCUACAGCAACAUCCCCUUCAACCCUCGCAGCAAGUGGUUUGGCGUUGGCUUCUGGACUUUCGCGGCCACUGGGUUCUUCGCCCCCUUUGGUAUUGCUGUUUACCAGACCUACAAGGAACAUUAA